AUGGCACAGACACCCAGCGACUCGCGCUCCACCGUCCCCUCCACCGCGGAGACCUCGCCGCCCAGCGAGGGAAGCACUGUCUCGCCCCCCGGGGCUCCCGCCAACACGAUCGCCGGCACGCUGGCAAACCAAAUCCCCAACGCUGCGGCAUUGUCUGCGGCGCUGGGCGCCAUGACUGUCGGUCCGUCUGCUGCUGCCAAUGUGGGAGCGCAGAGCGCCGUCAGUGCGCCGGCUGACAUCCCCGCACGCACCACCGCCGACCAAGCCACGGAUCUGUAUCCCGAGAUGUCAACCUGGUCUGCGCUCGCGAAAGAAGACGUCGAGAAUGCCCUCAAGCGUCUCGCAAUGGCGGCCAGAGACGAGCACGAGCGAGACCCAAGCAAGACCGUCAAGCAGCACUACAGCGAGGCUCUCGCCAAGAUCAUCAAGGACGGAGAGAUCGAGUUCGAUGUCAGCUGCAUGGACAGCAACAGAGAGACGGAGAGCAAUGCGACGAGUUCGGAGGGAGAGACGGAGAGCGAUGCGACAGAUGCGGACAGCACGGCAUGA